CCGUUCCCACGUCGGUCAUUUUCGCCCACUGUCGCCAUCUGCUUUCUCGUUCUUCUCCAAUCUCCGUGUUGUUGUUCCCGGUGACGCGGCGGAGGUGUAGCCUGACGCGGGCUCUUACGUGUCGGCCAGAAUAAAAGUGGAGCUCCGGAGGCCCGGGAGUGACGAAGGGAGUCUGUAUCGCUUAGCCGAUGAAGAUGGAGUCCGUGGAGGUUCAGCAGGGAGUGGAGACGGCUGUGACGGAGGCAGAAACCCAGCACAUCACCCAGGCACAGAUCGCUACUUUAGCACAGGUAACCAUGACAACAGGCCACGCCUCAGCAACAGGUCCCACAGUAACGCUGGUACAGCUUCCUAACGGACAGACGGUUCAGGUCCACGGAGUGAUCCAGGCUGCACAGCCGUCUGUUAUACAGUCCCCACAGGUCCAGGCUGUACAGAUCUCCACCAUAGCAGAAAGUGAGGAUUCACAAGAGUCAGUAGACAGUGUCACUGACUGUCAGAAGCGCAGAGAGAUUCUGUCACGACGCCCCUCUUACAGGAAAAUCCUGAACGACCUUUCGUCCGACGCACCGGCUGUCCCUCGUAUCGAGGAGGAAAGGGCUGAGGAGGAUUCAUCAGCUGCUGCCACACCUUCAAUCACCACUGUUACUGUGCCCACACCCAUCUACCAGACCAGCAGCGGACAAUACAUUGCAAUCACACAGGGAGGAGCCAUUCAGCUGGCCAAUAACGGUACAGAUGGAGUCCAGGGCAUCCAGACUCUGACCAUGACCAACGCAGCAGCCGCCACCCAGCCUGGAGCCACCAUCCUCCAGUACGCACAGACCAGCGACGGCCAGCAGAUACUGGUUCCCAGUAACCAGGUCGUGGUCCAGGCUGCCUCCGGAGACGUCCAGGCCUAUCAGAUCCGAGCAGCCCCCGCCAGCACCAUCGCCCCGGGUGUGGUCAUGGCCUCAUCCCCCGCCCUCCCCACCCAGGGUGCUACAGAGGAGGUCACUCGCAAACGGGAAGUCCGCCUCAUGAAGAACAGAGAGGCAGCCCGUGAAUGUCGCAGGAAGAAGAAGGAGUAUGUUAAGUGUCUGGAAAACCGAGUGGCCGUCCUGGAGAACCAAAAUAAGACACUAAUCGAAGAACUGAAAGCCCUUAAAGACCUUUACUGCCAUAAAUCGGAGUAGUUCCUUGUUCUGAACACCAAGCUGGGCCAAGUAGCAUUUCAGUUCUCUUCAGACACUUUGACUGUUUGAUACUGCCUGCCUGCCUUCCAGUUUACAUAUGGCUGGUUCUGCUUAUACAACCUUCUUUUCAGUAGGCUGUCGAUAGGCCUAAUACAUU